AUCCAGUCAAUGAGAUAAAGAUGAUUGCCAGCACCAUGUUUGGUGGCUUCUUGGAGGACUUGAAGGAAAAGAAGGUGUUAGAUAAACAUGACUUAAAAACAAUAGGGAAAAAAGUGAACGUCAUUGUGAAUAAGACUGAAAACCUGGUUGAUGAUCUCACUGAGAAAACUCAAGUGGUAGGUCAAGUAUUUAUGGACCAUUUCAUCAAUUCGAGCCUGCUGAGUUUAAAUAUAUCCAGUGAUGGAGAAGGAGGGCCGAACACGCCUGGCCUCAUCAUUUGCAACAAAGAAUUUGACUAUCUUUCUGAGCGAGAAGGCUCUGAAAAUGACAUUUCAGGGAUGCAAGGCCUGCUUGAAAACCUUGGAUAUUCGGUGGUUAUAAAGGAAAAUCUCACAGCUCUGGAAAUGAAAACAGAGCUGAAGAACUUCGCCACCCGCCAAGAGCACAGAUUCUCCGACAGCACGUUCCUGGUGUUCAUGUCCCACGGCACCCUAGACGGGAUCUGUGGCACGAAGCACAGAGAUGAAGAGCCGGACAUUCUUCCCGAUGACACCAUCUUCCAGAUUUUCAACAACCGUAACUGCUGGAGUCUCAAAGACAAGCCCAAGGUCAUCAUCAUGCAGGCCUGCCGAGGCAGAGGUGACGGGGCCGUCUGGGUGACUGAUGUGGGAGAAGCGUUUGCGUGGACAUAUUACCAGCCCUUGCGGCAUUAUAUCUCCAGUGAUGCCAUAGAAAAGACCCACGUGGAGAAGGACUUCAUCGCUUUCAAAUCUUCGACUCCACAUAAUGUUUCUUGGAGAACGAACACAGAGGGCUCUGUCUUCAUUUCCCAACUUAUCUACUACUUAGGAGAGUAUUCUUGUUGUCACCAUUUGGAGGAGAUUUUCCGAAAGGUUCAAAAUGCAUUUGAGAAGCCAAAUACAAUGAUCCAGAUGCCCACGAUUGAGAGAUUAUCCAUGACACGAUAUUUCUACCUCUUUCCUGGGAAUUAAAAAUCCAUAUGAAGCAUCUCAGGAAAAUUGAGCCAUUCCGUUCUCUGUGAAUCUACUAUUUUAAAAGGUUAACGUUUAAUCGUGAAUAUUUUUCUACCGAACUUCCCACUUGCCCACCCUCAGCCAACGCCAAGCUAAAACCACGGUCAUACCGUUGCUGAGUUAGUGCUUAAUAAAUUUUUUAA